AUGCCUCCAUUGGAUUCAGAGAAAUUUCUUUAUUUCACACUAUUUUUAAUUCAAAUUCAAAUUCCUUCUAUUCAUGCGGGAACUUCAUUGAGAGCGAAAUGUGCUCUUGAAUGCUAUGAUCGAUGUAUGCAAACGGGAACGGCGAUUCCCAUGCAGUGCAAUUGCCCGGUUCAGCAUUCAUUCAGGACGUGUACUUCGGUCAACAAUCGGCUUUUAAAUGCUGACGUGCCAACACUGAUACCAACAGCCGUUGUCGAUUACCUCGAUGCGCACACAAUCAAAAUAAAUUUGGAGCAAGUUGAAGGCGCUUUUGUGUACGUUUUUGAGUUUGCCACUGUGGGCAGUGGAGAACCAGAGGAUUGGAUGUUUGCUGUGGCCUCGCCCAGUCCCUCGGUAAAGUUCACCGUCGGCGACCCUUGUCGAGACUAUCAGUUUCGAGUAAUCGUCUUGAUGAGAUCAACGAAUCCCGCGGAUCCAUUCGUUCUGCUUCGACCGCGUGUCAUUCCAAGACGACUACCACCAUUUGCCAUUGAUCCAAACAUGAUUACGGUCGAUGAGCCGACGCCGAGUGUCGCAAUGGAAACUUUGAAAAUCCUUGUGAAAUGGACUGUACCGCCCGGUUUUGAUGAUUCGGAUAUUUAUGGAUACGAAUCACCAGCAGUCUACCCCAUUCAGUGUAAGACACCUGAAGACGAGUUGCCCAUUCCUAGGAUUGAAAUCCUUCCUGGCGGCGGUCAAUUGGUCGUUAUGUUACCAGCUUCGAUUUUAGAAGCAAGAUGUCGUCUAUGGGUUGAGGUUCGAAUGCUGCCCCGUUGCGCUCGACUUCAACCAUUCUUAAUCCAAAAAUCUCUCGAACUUGAUUGCGAGAAGAGUCCGAACAUUGAAGUGUGUAAACGAGAUGCUCAACCCGUUUGCACAUCGGUGAUCGACGUUUGGGGUUCGGAUGGGAAAGCGACGAUCAUGUGGGCUCCACCAGAUCAGCGAUCACCCCUUUACUACCAUGUGCGAUAUGGACCGGCUCAAAUGCAGGGCAUCCCACCAGUCGUUUCAUGGCAAAUCGUACAAAAACGGGAUGUGAAAGUGCAAGGAGGCGUCAAAUCGUUUACCCUAGAUCUCUCAGAAGAUACGGAUUACGGUGUACAGGUUUGCGCAAUCUACUCAUCGCAUCGACAGCGAGCCAAAUUGGGUGUUGUCCCGGUCACCCCGUUCAUUUGCUCGAGCUGUUCGAAUACUCCUAUGCACAGUAUGGGGCGUUGUGGAGAGUGCACAAAAAUCGAAAUCUCGAACAUCACUGUUGGAAAUCCAAAAAUCGACGAUUCAACUACAACAACCACUUCCACAAUGAAAAGUGCACUAAAUAAAGUUCUCGAGAUUAAAAAGAUCAAUUCUAUGCAGAAAUCAAAAUCACAAACGGUUCUCCGAAUGGAAGCCGAUUUGAUCGUUCAUGAGAAGAAUAAAAAAGUUGAAGACAUUCGAAAAGUGGAGAAUGAUUUACCCAAGAAGAAUUCAGUGGCUAAAAACAUGGGCACACAUGUAGCUGAAGUUAAAAAUGUAAAUGUUGAACAAUCGAUCGAAAAAGGCGGUUUAUUAGCAAAUUCUGAUAUUGGAGAGGGUCUCAAUUGGGGCUGGGAAGCUAUUCAAAAAUUAGAAUCACACUCAGCCGAUCGGGAAUCAGCUAAAACUCAUUUAAAACUUAAGAAACCAAUACCUUCCAUUACACAUGCUAUUUUCACCCAUGAGAUUCGACGGCUGAAAAACGAUCCACUGAAUAUGGUGAUCAAGAAAGUGCAGACAACUGAAGAAGCUCCGUCUACUAGUACACUAUCAAGCACUACGACAAGUAAUACAAUCACCACUACGAUCAGCCCUUCCACAGUCCCUCCAACCUCUUUGGAGUUGAAAGUUGGUGGAGUGAGAACACUGGCCAGUCCGGAUGAGCGUUUAUUCCCUCUACCCGGUUUUGCCUUUGCUGACAGUCCACUUGCAAAACGUUUUGAUAAUCCGUUAAAUGUUCGGAAGUCAGUAGGUCCAUGUCUACCUAGAGCCAAUAUUAAUGCCACUUGGGAUCCGGAGACACAAACUGUACAAGUGAAAAGUCGUGAAAUCAGAACUCAAUUGGCACGAAUUGAUGAUAAAGAUGGGCUUUUUAUCGAGUUUGGUCCCGUUCAAGCAACAAUUACUCAAUUGACUCCAAACCACACAUUGGAGAGGUGGACGUUCGUGAAUGUGAAGGGAACUCGGCAAAAGAUGGUCGUGCCCAUUCAGAAAAUCCUCGAAUCGCAAAUCUUUGCCUUGGAGCCGUUCGUCUUUCAAGUGAAUCAAUCGAUCAAAGAGACAAGCGGGAAAUACGGUCUAAAGAUUUGUCCAUACAAAACAAGAGAGAUCCAAAAUCCUUACACACAUAAUUGGAAUUUGAAACAACAGCAAGAGAACAACGGGAAUGUUCAGGACAGUCAAGUGAGCCCAUUAUUCUUCCAAAGCAAUCCUUUACUGAAUGGAGAAAUUUAUCGAUCUCCUGAAAGCUAUUGGAAUGUUGUCUUCACAAUUGGCAAAAUUGCACUAUUAAUAGUUUUGGUGCUAAUCAUGAGCAUUUUGGUUUAUCUGAACUGCACAAAGUUGAAAAUUCUCUACGAUCGCAAAAGGACGCACUACUUUCGACCGUUUUACGUUGAUCCAGUCCAUGUGACAACGGUUACAAGAACAUAUGGAGUUGAACCCCUUCAUGACACCACUUCAAUAUCAAAUCCAGCAAUGACACCAAGCCGCUCAUUUUCCACUCAACCAAGCGGAGCACAGCUUUACGCCAAAAGAAGACAUAUUCAGAUU